CUAAGGUUUAAAAUUCAGGAGGAGCUCUACACAGAAGGAAAUACUACUCUAUUACGGGAAUUUGCAGAGGAAUAACGUACUCACUGAGUUGCUCUUCUAAAUUGGCGGCAAAUUUCCCACUUUUCUUUGCCCGUUGAGAGUCGAGGUUGUAUCCGUUCACUGAUUCCGAGGUCCGUUUAAGUUCGGAGGAGGAGAAAAUGGAAGCUCAGCCUUUAAACGACGGACCAGGAGUUAGGGUUUCGAUGUUUGAUUAUUCUGUGGAGAAUCAUCUUAGGGCAAUAAACACAAUCUCCAAGCUUUGUGGAGAACCAGAGAAUGACGGCCUCGAUGAAUGUGAUAUUCAGCGACCUUCCUCUUCAAUCACUUUCAUAAGGGAGUGGAGGCAUUUUAGUUAUGAACCACGGAUAGUUAGGUUUGCUAGUGAAUCGGAAUGCUCUAAGGAGAAGUAUGUUUCGAGUGAGGUCAAUUUGCUUCAGUUUUCAUCAGCAACUGUCCCUAAGAAGGAAGAACAAUAUGAUGGCACCACAUCUGCAAAAUUCUGUAAAGAUUUCAUAAUGUAUGUUGGAGGGUCUGUGUGGGCAUUAGAUUGGUGUCCAAGAGUUCAUGAGAAUCCUGAUGGUUAUGUCAAAUGUGAGUUCAUUGCUGUUGCUGCUCAUCCUCCUGAAUCUUAUUAUCACAAGAUAGGUGCUCCACUUAUUGGCAGAGGCAUCAUUCAGAUAUGGUGUAUGCUAAAUAUUGGUGGAAAAGAGGAAGAGGCUCCUCCUUUAAAGAAAAAACGAAAACAAAAAUCUGAUGAUAAUGGCGUCAUAGAGGGGAAUGCCUUGCAAGUUAGGAAACCUAGAGGAAGACCUAGAAAGCAUCCAGAAGAUGAAACAAACGAAACAUCAAGUGAGGUUAAGAGACCUAGAGGAAGACCAAAAAAGAAGCCAAUUGAUGAAUCUCUUAAUAAUGUGGCUUGUGAAAAUCAGUCUGUUCAGCACCUUGAUGUUGAAUUUACAGAAGGUUCAUUUCAGCCACCUGCUAUAGAGGGAGUUCCUAGGAAUACAGAAGAAAAUGCACCAACUAAAGGCCAGAAUAAAAAUAAAAAAGGUAAAGCAGAAAAAGCAUCGGUAUCUAAACUGGCAACUAGAACUCCUGCGCGGGGUAAAAGAUUGAAAAGUAAGGCCAGGUCAAAAAGUUAUGAUGAUAAUAAUUGUCUUCUGUCAUUGAAUCAAAGCUUUGGAGCUUCAAUUCCAAAGGAUAUUGCUCUUCCAAGAGUGGUAUUGUGCCUGGCUCACAAUGGAAAAGUUGCAUGGGAUGUGAAAUGGCAGCCUUAUAAUGUAAAUGAUUCUAAAUGCAAGCAGAGAAUGGGCUACCUUGCUGUCCUGCUAGGAAAUGGAUCUCUAGAAGUGUGGGAGGUUCCUCUUCCCCGUACUAUUGGAGUUAUUUAUUCAUCUUCACAAAAAGAUGGUAUUGAUCCUCGGUUUGUAAAGUUGGAUCCUGUCUUUAUUUGCUCAAAGUUGAAAUGUGGUGAUGUACAGAGCAUCCCUUUGACAGUUGAGUGGUCAACUUCACCCCCACACAAUUAUUUACUUGCUGGGUGCCAUGAUGGGAUGGUUGCUCUGUGGAAGUUCUCUCCAAGUGGUUCACCUAAAGAUACAAAACCUGUGCUUUGUUUCAGCGCAGAUACAGUUCCAAUUAGAUCUGUCGCAUGGGCUCCAUCCUUUAGCGAUUCAGAGAGCUCAAAUGUUAUAGUCACUGCAGGACACAGAGGUCUAAAGUUUUGGGACAUUCGUGAUCCAUUCCAUCCCUUGUGGGACUGCCAUCCACACCCAAGGUUCAUAAAUAGCUUGGAUUGGCUGCCAGAUCCAAGAUGUGUAAUUCUUUCCUUUGAUGAUGGAUCAAUGCGAAUGCUUAGCUUAGCUCAGGCAGCGAAUGAUGUCCCUGUUACUGGUAAAGCUUUUACUGCAACUAAACAACAAGGAUUGAACACCAUCUUUACUUGUUCAUCAUUUGCUAUCUGGAGUGUACAAGUGUCACGAUUAACAGGCCUGGUUGCAUAUUGCAGCGCGGAAGGGACUGCCAUCUGCUUUCAGCUUCAGCUUACAGCUAAAGCAGUGGACAGGUAUUUUUCGCGAAAUCGGGCACCACAUUUUCUUUGUGGGUCCUUGACUGAGGAGGGAUCGACUAUAACAGUCAACACUCCAUUACCAAAUGUACCUUUGCCAUUUAAGAAGUCAAUUAGUGAUUCUGGGGAGUCCCCUAAAUCGCUGCGCAGCUUCUUAACAGAGUCAAAGCAGAUAAAGCGUGCAAAUGAUAAGAAGGCAAAAGGUUCAUCUGCACAUAAACUUAUUUUGGCUCCCUGUCAUGACAAUGAUCCCGGAGUAGAAUCUGAAUCCGAGGAAACAUUGGCAGCUCUUAAUAACAAAAAGAAGCCAAAAUCUAAAAGUAGCAAUAAGCAUAAGGCAGAACAGAAUCAAGCAUUGGCAAUCAGAAGUGAAGACGUGACAGUUACAGAGAGCCAAGAAAAUGGAACAGGGGAAGCGGUGAAUCAUGACGUAGAAGCUCUCCCUCCAAAAAUUUUGGCAAUGCAUAGGGUGAGAUGGAACAUGAACAAGGGUAGUGAGAGAUGGCUAUGCUACGGAGGAGCUGCUGGAAUUGUACGAUGUCAGCAGAUUUUAGUACCUAUUGUUGGUAAAAAAUCUGCUUGGAAGAGUUGAAGACACAUCAACUUUGGACCAUGUUGUAGGUAUAUGUAUAUUAAUCAUUUCAAAAUCCGCUUGAAGCUAAGUGAUUUGGCGUCCUUUUCUAUCAAAAUAUUAAAUUUGGGAAUUAUAAUAGAUAAUCAUGUCUUUCAGUUUAAACUGUAUAUUAAAACUAUAACUUGAGC